AUGUUAGAUAAAUUUCUUCUUAUUCGACCAGCUCCAUUGACAUGUUUAGUCUCGAUUUGUAAACGUUAUGUACGUACAGCACCACCACCAGUAAAUCCUCCUACUCCUGUUGAAACAGCUAUCAAAGAGGAAAAAACUGCUAUUGAUUCAACAGGAAAAGUAUUCACAUUUAAACAUGGACCACCUCCUGAUAUAACACAAGUCGAUGAUUUAGGUCCCUAUGAAAUUCGUUUACAAAAUAUUGGUUGUAGAAAUCGUCGAUUUGAUCGUAUUGUAGUUCAACGAAUGAAACAUUCACCAAAUGCUAAUGAAAUUAUUGAAAAUCUUGGUUCAUGUGAUCCAAUGCCUAAUGAUAAAAAUGAAAUUUUAGUUGCCCUUAAUUUAAAACGACUUCGAUAUUGGAUUGGUACUGAAGGUGUUGUUAUCAAUCCAUGGGUACAAAAAUUACUUGGACGUUGUGGUUUUUUUCCUGUUGAUCCUGCUGAUUAUGUUAAUGCAUAUCGAGCAAGAAAAAUAGCUGAAAAUCGUUUAAGAUAUCCAGAAAAACAAGAUGAAGAGGAAAAACAAGAAGAUACAGCAUGA